AUGGUAAACUACUGUGAUCGAUCUCAGUUGGCAAAGGAUGCAAGUGGAAGCUAUCCCAAAGCUGCAUAUACAAUAGACAAGGCAGCAACAGAUAUCUUGUUUGAUUGGUUGAAAGGUUUGAAGUUUCCGGAUGGGUUCGUUGCAAUCACACUGAGAAUGAAGCGCCUAUGGGAAAAUUAUCAACAAAUAUUACAACAACAAACACAAACUCAAUCUGAUAUUGAUCAAUCUCUAGCAUUUUAUCAAGCCGCGGGAGGGAAAAAGAAGAGAAGAAUAUAUGGUCUUGGAUAUCAAGCAAAAUAUUUCUAUGGGCCUAAUCUUCGUGCCUCUUCUGGAUCUGAUGCUUCAUUAUCAACACCACCUCUGAAUGCUCAGUUAUCAUCGAUGGCGAAUUUGGAUGAGUUAGUGAUGCGAUUGAUUCCUGCAUUGACUGAUCAUAUGGUUCAUGUACUGACUGAUCACAUGCUUCAUGUGUUGGCUGAUCGAGUAAGAGGAUUGAUUUCUUCACCCUCACAUAUGCCAGAUAAUCUUACCCAUCACCCAUCAGUUGUGUCACCUCCAAUUCCUCCUCCUACUACUAAUAUUAACGAGGUUCAUGUAUCGUUUUCUGAUGAUGACCUUCACUCCCCAGUCUCUCAGUAG